CAAAAUGUGUGGUCAGGAUUUGGCCCCCCUCCUCUCCCUUUGUGUGUUUCUUUGAUCACAAGCUGUGCUGUUGGGCUCCCAGGAGCCCCUUCCGCCGAACAUCUUCAGUCACCGGCUGAUUCUGCACACUUGGCAGCAAAGCCACCCUCGCCUCUCCUGACAGAUCCAAAACCGGGACUCAGUUGCUGGAAUUGUCAGCUCUGCCAAUUUCUAUGCACAUUUCUCUUCCACUAUGAGCAGAUCAAUUGUCUUGCACCUUUGUCUGGCUUUUGGUAGCUUUUUUUUUCUUAACUUUGCCAUACAAUGUCUGGCCUUCCCCAAAAAAGAACAAGAGCAGCCUGAGAGGAUCAGCACAGAUGACCUGGAAAAUAGCUCUGUGACUCCAAAGCCAACUCCUCAACUGGUGUCCUCCGAAGAUGCAAGACCAGCCUCAGCAGAACCAUCAGCAAUGUCAUUAAAUGAAAUCCUCUUGGAUAACAAAGAAACCCAUCCUGGAGGAGCUGGGCUCUUGCAGUCUAGCAGUGCUGGUCUUUAUAUGGCAUCUGAGCCAGCGGUCCCGACAGGUGAGGACAUGCCUGGUUCCAGCCAGCCAGGGGGCCUGUCUGCUGAGAGCAAGCCUUCAGAGCCCACGCUAACCAUCGCCCUCCCUGCAGCUGCUUCUCUGAGUACUGAUGGGGAAGAGGAGCCCUGGAGCAGUACCAGCAGUCAGCCCACUGUGGAAGGGACCACAGAAACAACACAAAGUUUUCUGACAUAUGUGGUCAAUCAGCUGUUCGCAACUGAAAAUCAGGAAGAAGUUAGUUUGGGACAUACACCUUCAUCCUAUAUGAACACCGAAGAAAUGAUAACCACCAGUCCAAGGAUGGAGCAACUCAAAGCAGCCACAGAGCAGAGGACAACUUCUUUUCCUGGUGCUGAGUCCACAACAGACACUGUACCCGGAAGCCUCCUGCCUAAUGGGGAGAAGCCCUCCCAGAUGACAGCUGAUGAUACCCAGGCCACUGGCACCAAGCACUUAUUGGUGGCAACUUCUGCGUAUACCCUGGGUUUUGAGCCGGAAACCUACAGCUUGCUGGAAGCCCCAGAAAUCACAGUGAGUGUCAGCUCAGCUGUUCCAGCCACCUCUGUCUUAAGUGAGGAAUGGGAUGACACCAAACCAGGGGGUGGAAACCAGAUAAGGACCCCACAGCCUGAAGGCAAUCCAGCGGCAGCGGAGGUAGCUCUGGGGCUGCCAGAAGGAGAAGCACAUGUGGGCACAGCCCUGGAAAUGUCACAGGGGGACGAGGGAUUACCUGCCUCCGCUCGCCUCAGUUCCUUUGCUCCCACGAGCCUGUUGGAAGGUACAGAGUUUUCCAUGAGCCUAUUCCGAGGUGUAGGAGGUGUCACGGAUUCCACCAAGGGAGACAGCACAGCGUUCCUCUCAGAGACGACCGAGUCUGGGUCAGAAUCUCAGUCAGAGGCGUAUCAACUGCUGGGACAGGCACUGAAAGACACCAUCACUCAAGAAAUGACAACGGCUGCCCAGGAACCAGAGGCCACUCUACCCUUCAUGACACGAGAGCAGGUUGCUACCCUGGAUGUUCCCAGAGACAGUGGAGACCCCGAGGAAGGCGAGGAGUCCCCCUCUGCUGGGACUGAUGCUUCUGCUGCUACUCAGCUGUCCAGAAGAUGGGAGCCUCUGGCCACGACAGCUUCAACCACAGCGGCCCCAUUGACUCCUGCAGUCAUCCCUGGUGCGGAAGGCUGCACGGACACAGUCACAUUGUCCAGUGAGGAGUUCACACCGGUUUUGGGCUCCCCUGUGACAACCCCUGGAGUAAUGAUGGAGGUGAUUAGCUCUUCCCCAGCAAUUCCUGCUUCUGAGGCCCCCUCUGAGAGAACAGUUCCAUCCAGUAGCAGCACAAAUACAGCCGCUUCCUACGGCCUGGAACAGCUCGAAUCUGAAGAGGGAGAAGAUGACGAGGAUGAAGAGGAUGAAGAAGAUGAGGAUGAAGAGGAGGAAGAGGAGGAGGAAGAAGAGGAAGAUAAAGAUGCAGACUCCCUAGAUGAGAGCUUCGAUGGUGACAGUGACCUGCCAGGCUUUACUCUCGCUGGUGACACAUCGCAGGAGCCUGGCUUGGAGCAGGGAAAUAGGGACCCAUUGGCGGGAGCCACCUACCAGGUGCCAGAUGCCAUCGAGUGGGAGCAACAGAAUCAAGGCCUGGUGAGAAGCUGGAUGGAAAAACUCAAAGACAAGGCUGGCUACAUGUCUGGGAUGCUGGUGCCUAUAGGAGUGGGGAUAGCUGGAGCCUUGUUCAUCUUGGGAGCACUCUACAGCAUUAAGGUUAUGAAUCGCCGAAGGAGAAAUGGCUUCAAAAGGCAUAAAAGAAAGAGAGAAUUCAGCAGCAUGCAAGAUCGAGUAAUGCUCUUAGCCGACAGCUCUGAAGAUGAAUUUUGAAUUGGACUUUGGUUUCAUUAGGAUAGUCAAUGAUGUUAUUAUUUUAUUUUUAUUUUGAGGCAAAACAACAACAACAACAAUAUCAUGCCACACUGCUGCUACAAGGCUGUCAGUCCUAGUAUCUGCUGGAUAGUAGAUUUUUCUUGUUCUGAGCAGAAAAGGCAUGCUGUAAACUAAAUGUAACACACGGUAUUUGGUUUGCUGUAGUGAAUUUCCCAUCAUCACGGGCUGCAGUUUAUAAACACAGCACACAUGUUGUUCAGUAAAAGUAGUGGGAUGACGUAGAGUAAAUAUUUUGUAGUUUUCCAUGGUUUGGAUCACCUGAAUUAAGCGUAAUGAUUGUUGCCGCCAGGCAUGCUUGACUUUGAAAUAGAAAUUUUAACAAAGAGUAACUUCUCAUAAUCACACUCUAUCUACUUGAAAUUGUAGGCUUGUGGGCCGUGGUACAUCUUGCAUUUGCAUUAAAAUCAGCAUCUACUUGGAAUGAAAUUUUUUUUGUCAAGAGCUCUCAGCACAUUAGCAUUGCUAUCUGUAGAUUUCUGUGUAUCUCUCUAUAUACUUCAGUCUCCUACUUUUAUUAUUUUCACCUUCUGUCAUAUUCUCUGUCUUGGCAAGGAAAGAAGUGCACUAGAAACAAUACAUUAAAUGACUCUUAAUAAUGUGCUUGCUCUCUUAAAUAGAAUGUAUGAUUAUGUCCAUCAGGUCUAUCCAUAGAGUCUUAUAUUUAUCAUGAAAAGGUAUUCUUUUUGUGUGCCAUCUGACUUUCGCAAGAAGAAAUGAGGAAGAAAUCAAGAUGAGGGUGAGCAAGCUCCCAGAGCAUUUAUCUCUGCUGUUUGGCUCUCAGCUUGUGUGACCGCCACACGAGUAAUUUAGAAUAUUGCUUCUCCACAUCUGUUUUUCUUGUCUAUGGAAGAAGUGAGCCACCAUUUGUCCUUUUUUGGAAUGAUUAGGAAAAAUGCCUUCUGUGGCAGGAGGAGGCUCAGUGGCCAGAGUCCUAGUGCACAGCAGAGCUCAUGGAAAGCUAGCCUCUCUCUAGGCAUCCACUCCGGGCACAGGGACUGUGCUAGAUCCUGAUAUGUGAGUCCCUGCCUGGUACCAAGUAGGGCAUUCAGGUACCCUAUUCGAAUCUGGGCCUUUUGGACUUGUAGUUAGUUGAGUUUUGCGAUAGAGGCCUGGCUUAUUUCCAUGGCAAGAUAAAGGUUCCUGAGACUACUGUUACUAUGGAGAAUUCAUUGUGUUUAUUAUUGCCUGUGCUGCUGUGUUCAGGGAAGUCAAACAGAGCUUUCUCAUAGCUAUGGGGUGAGGUGGGACAUAUAUUUCUAUUUCCCAUUUGACUGAAAUUGGAACUGAAGAAGAGAUGGGAAACGGUUAUCCAAAGUUAUACCAAGGGAGAAACAAUAUAGAUCUCCCUGGGAUAUAAAACCACAUUCCCUGUCUUCAGUUCAGGGCUUUUUCUGGGUAUCUGGAGGAAGCAGUGACAUUUCAGAGUCCUUCUUUAAAAUCAAAGUUCUAAAGAAGUAGCUGCUUGGUGAAGGAGCAUUUGAUAGGAGCUUCUGCCUUUGUUAAAUGGUGAAUGAUGCUGCACUAAUUUCUCUCUUAUACAUAAACUAAACCAUCACCUGUAGGGAACCAAUAGGGAAAACUUCCUACAACCCAUUCUUGAGUGAUGGCUGGAUCACAAGAAUGUUUUCAUUAAGUAAUUUUAACUCUUUUUGCCCAGAGAAGCAUGCAAGCGUGUGCAAAAUUGAUAGACAAAUGAAAAUCUCUGUACUUAGUGGUUGGCAAAUAAGCUCAAGGUCAGAUUUUAAACAUGGAAUUCAGAACCAGGACACUCAUAAGUGGUGUGUAAUUUCAUGAGUAGAGACACCUUGAUAUUACACAGGGGACUCUUUCAUUGUCUAAGAGCAACCUUUGGCUGUAAGUACUCCUCCAGUCGGGAGGAAGUGGGAGCCAGGUGCCAUUACUGUCUGCAUUCUUGACAAGCUGUGUGCAGAGAACAAACAAUAAGUGCAAAAAUCUGGCAAACCGGGAGAGAUGCUGAUAGCCCUGAUGCUUGGAAUGGACCUUCUGUAGCCUUCACUAGGUCAGGGCUAGUAGCUCGACUCUGCACUCUGUAGUAUAAUAAAGUCACAAAUAACAGGCACGUUUUCAUUCCUCCAGCGAGCUGUGGGGAGGGCACAUCUUGGAUUUAGGGCUGAGCAGAAAUGUCUCUGCACCCUUUCAGGGGACACGUGUCUGUUAAAGGGAAAGAGUGUACUUAGAUCAUAGUAGGUUUCUGUACAAACCCAUUUAAACAUCUGGAUGAAGAAAAGGUUCUGUGCACAUAAAUUAGACUGUCAUUCAGUCUUAGGAAAUCUUGUCAUUGUGACAGUAGGUGUGAGGUUAGAGGACAGGAUGCUAGGAAGCUAAUCACACAAAGAUGAGUGCUGCAGGGUUCCAAUCCUCUGAGGUAUCUAAUAAAAUAAACUCAUAGAAAGAGGUAAAAUGGGCCAGGGAUGUAGCUCAGCGGCAAUAGCGCCUGCCUGGUCCUGAGUUUGAUCCCCGGUACCAAGAAAAAAAGAAAGAGCUUAAAAUGCAGGUUGCCAGGAACAGAAGUGAGUGUAUGUGUGUGUGUGUGUGUGCGUGUGUGUUGGUGGGGAGUGGGAAGGAAUGGGUCAAUUGGUCUAAAGUUACAAUUUUGCAAGAUGAAUUCUAGAGGUCUGCUGUACAACAUAGCACCUAUAGUUAACAACAUUGUAUUGUGAGCUUAAGAGGCCAGAUCUCUUGCUGUGUUGUUAGAAAGAAAGAAAGAUAAAAGGAGAAAGAAAGAAGGAAGCAGGGUGAGGGGAAGGAAAAAAAGACAAAGCCAAGCAAGACCUUGUGGGAAGAGGCCCUUUCCCUGGUCCUGAUAUCCAGUGAAUCACACCUGCCAUAGUGGAGAAAGGAAAAUGAAAGAAAGGUGGAAGCUAUUAGAAAGGAAUGGAAGGCUGGGAUGGAGAGAAAGGGUUUCUUCUAUGCCCUGAUGUCCUUUUCUAUGAUCAGAAGACAAUGUUUUCCUUUUAAGUCUUUUAAAGUUAUUCUCUUCUGUAAACUGCUUCUUUAAGAAGCUGCUAGCUUAAUUUAUACGCAGCAUUUGGAGUUAAUUAGGAUCCCAGGGUAGCAGAUUCCCUUAGUAAUGCCUCAGCCUUGGCUGAAGUUCAUCAACUGUCUCACUGCAGUUUUCCAGAAAUGCUUUCUUAAAUUACCUGGAUCUUGUAUCUUGCUCAAAAACGUUGUGAGGAAAUGUUUAAAGCAAAGUUUCAGAGUACCUUUGAAGUGGUUUUAGUAUAGUCAAACAAAGCUGGCUCUUCAUUGCAUGAUUUUAUUUUAUUAACUUUUUGUGGUGCUGGGAUAGAGCCCAAGGUCUCAUGCCUGCUGGACAAUUGCUCUACCACUGAGCUAGACUCCCAGCUUUCAUUUCAUCAGUUUUUAAAGCUAAAACUUAAAAGUCAAAAUAUGAAGAUGAAAAUAAUAUGGAGCAGUGUAAAGCAUUCUGAAAGCCCAAUGCUCGCCUCUCUCUGUCUCUCCUUCCUGUGCAAGCCCAAAUGAAACACCUCAUUUAGAAUUACAGCCAUAACUCAGGGAGGAAGAAUCAAAUCACCCACAGGCAUUGUGAUUUCUGUGCAUAUGAAUAAUCAAUGUUCCUACCAGCUGCCAAAAAGCAGCAUUGGAAAACAAGAUAUAUUAUUGGGUGUGAGUUUAUAGCCAUGUGGCUUUUAAAAAGACAGGCUUUGUUAUGACCUCAGAGAAAUCUGUAAAGGCAGGAUUACAGUUGAAGAAAGCAAGCUGUCCUUUUUCCGUUAUGUGAAGGAUGGUAAUAAAGAAAGAAAUACGGGUAGAUGAAGAUGGAAGGAAAACAAUAAUACAAGACAAAUGUAAAAAUGGCCCAAAACCUAAGAACAGUUGAUGGUGAACCUUUUAGAGCUUUCAGUGAUGAUAAACAGCCCAGCGUGGGACAUGUGUCAUAGGUUUGCCACCACUGCCCUAGAAUGUGCUACAGGAGGCCAAAUUCUGAAUGAUCAUACUUAAAAAUGUUAUAAAGAUAAGCAAAGAGGAGAAUGCAGUAAGCAAGAUCAUUAGCAAGUAAAGGCACCAUAAAGCUACAAAAAUCUAUUUGCUUCCAUCUUUUCCACCAAAGAAAAUUACCCUGCAAUAAAUAGGUGGAAUGAAUAUACAUAGUUGGGAAGGAAUUGAAGCCCAGGAUGAAUGAGGAGAUGAAAGGUGCGUGCUUACUUUAAAUGAGCUGAGACACACUUAAACAUCUUCCGUAAUUACACAGACUUCUAAUGACUGAAUGUAAACGUCUAGGAAUGGGAAAUAAUUCGAAAACAAAAUGAUGGGAUUGACUUAAUAAAAGUCCCAUAUUUGUACAUUUAGUUCCCUCAUAAGACAAACAUCUCCUUUUUGGGGUAGCUGUUAGGCUCAUAAGCUGGAUAUGGGCUAAGAGACAUCUAAUUAUGUUAACUCUAGUAAUUAUAAACCUUGGCAGUCAACAUGGCUGGAAAAAUAAUUCUGUUGCUUAAUUUCUACGUGGAGAGAAAAAAGUCUGCAUUUAUUUUGUAAGCCACUGUGAUAUAAAUGCAAUGGGAAUAUCCUGUUUGGAGUAAUAAGUAUGUCUAACUUCCUAUUAAUUAACCUGUUUCUAUUAUGUGCUUACAGGAUAAAGAGAAACACGAAAGGAAGGAAGGAAAUGGGGGGUGGUUCUUCUAGGAAAUGACAACAAAAUCAUCCUUAUUUCCUUUUUCAUGUAAGAGAUAAAGGAGGAAAAGUUCAAAAUAGUCUUGUAAUUGAACCAAUAAAAUUCCAAAGGUCUGGGACUACAGGUGUAGCUCACUGGUAGAGUGUAGAGUGGUAGAGUGUUUGCCUAGCAUGCAUUAGGUCUGAGUUUGAUCCCCAGCACCACAAAAAGUUCAAAACAACAAUAACAACACCCAGAGGUCUGAGUCCAGGGGAUCUGAGGAUGGCUGGAGAUUCUAUCUUUGUUAAACCUUGAGCCGGUCAACAUAUUGUUUCUUUCUGAAUCAGUAUUAAUUGAAUACCUUUGAUGUGUUGGACAGUGUGUGAGGUGUAGGAGACCAAGAAUAGCAAGAUACAUACAGUCCAUGACCAGAAAGAAUUUAGAGAGCCAUAAGGGGGAGAGUAAAUGCAUAAUUUUAUCCCAGCGUUGCUAUGAGAUCCAUAAAAGCAAUAUCCGUUCUUACAAGAAGACUGGGAAUGUUUAUCCAGAGCAGGUAACGUCAAAUGUGAGGCUGGGCAGGGUGAGUAUGGGUUAGUGAGGUACAGGAAACAAUGGGAUGCAUGUUCUAGCAGUGAGCCAUGUCAAAAAGAGGGGUUAGUUAAGCACUGUGGGGUGCUGGUUCUGCUCGGGCAUGAGGAUGGGGCACUGGGGGAUGUGUGGUGUGAAGUGGACUGAUUCUGAAGUCUUCCAGAUCAUGCCAAGGAAGUGGGACUUUAUUCUGAGGCCAGUUAGAAAUCAUGAGUGUCAUGCUGAGAAGUGAUAUGAUCAGGCUAGAGGCCAUAGGAAGACUGAAAUGGGAAGGUUGGUGUUAGGAGUUAGGGACACCAGUCAAGGUCAAGACUGGCAAAACAAUGCAGGUGAGAGAUGACCGUUUUCCGACCAAGGUGCAGGAGAGAAUUAUGGGGGUGGGGGUGGAUCCUGGAGGUGUCCAGGAGGAGAUGGUGAAUGGUAGGACUUGGGGACUGGUUAGAUGUGGGGACAAUGGAAAAGGAAACCAGGGUCACGGGCUGACUGAGGGCCCUCAGAUAUCAUGGAAGCCAGUGUCCCACCUCAUGAAGGUACUGGCUAUUAUUCCAGCAGGUCCAGGCCUAAGAAAAACAACAAUUCUGCCAAAAAUGUAUCAGUGGCUUUAACUUUCUACAAAGUUUAUAAGCAUGUGCUCAUUCUGUUACUUUCAAUAGUAGGUGCCAAGAAAUAACUUUAAUAGAAGUUAAACAUCUGAAAAAACCUCCAAAUAUCUCCAGUUACUUUGGUUGAAUCCUAGCUUUGAGUGACUAUCUAGGAUCCGAUUGGUUUGUAAAGAUCAGUACGAGACUUUCAUAUUAUUUGGCAUGAAAGCCAAGGGUCAGUAUAUUGUUUUGCUUGAAAACAAAUCCCAGAAGCUCCUUCUCACGGCAGUCUGUGGGAGUAUGAGGUCAGGUUUGGAGGUGUGGCCAGAGUGUCCAGGCCCCAGGUCCCAGAGCUGUGUGGAUUCUGGGGCUUUUGACAGUUGUCAUGGACAACCAUCAAGUAGCUUAUCUCCCUUAGCAUAUGAAAAAUAAGUCAAAUUUUGCAUGGUUGCCAUAUCAACAUCAGCACAGGGCUGGUUCUGGAGGCCCUCAGUGACGACAGCAUGGAAUUGAAGAAAAGCAGGAAAGCAUUAGAAAUAAAUAUCACCUCAAUUCCACUCCCAGAGAUAACCAGCGUUAACAAUUUCAGCUAUAUUUUUCUAAUUUUUUCUGUGUAUUUAUGAUGUUUUAUAUGCUUAAUUUUACACAAAAUCUGGAUCAUAGUUUACAUGCUAUUUUGUUACCUCUCUGUUGCUACUAUUUCUCAUGAUUGUCUUAAAAGGAAUAAAUAAAAGGAAAAGCUUGUGAAAA